CCGCCGCAGAGUUGGAGCUCUCUUUCUGCGUCCAGCUCGCAUUGACAGCCAACACUGGCGCAGAGUCUCAGCGCAAACCUUUACCAUAUUUUCCUGACACAAAACGACAUUUCAUAGCCAUACUUUCCACACAUUCUCUUCCGGAGACAAGCGUCGGAGCGGCCUCGUCUAGAAUGGGGAACCGAGACGAUGAAUACGAUUUCUUGUUCAAAGUUGUGUUAAUUGGGGACUCGGGCGUAGGGAAGAGCAACCUGCUUUCUCGAUUCACACGAAAUGAGUUCAACCUAGAGAGUAAGAGCACCAUCGGGGUGGAGUUUGCCACGCGCAGCAUUCAGGUGGACGGCAAGACGAUAAAGGCUCAGAUCUGGGAUACAGCCGGGCAGGAGCGCUACAGAGCCAUCACCUCAGCAUACUACAGAGGAGCCGUGGGGGCGCUCUUAGUGUACGACAUCGCCAAACACCUGACCUAUGAGAAUGUGGAGCGCUGGCUGAAGGAGCUGAGGGACCACGCCGACAACAACAUCGUCAUCAUGCUGGUGGGCAACAAGAGCGACCUGCGCCACCUCAGGGCCGUGCCCACCGACGAGGCCCGGGCCUUCGCAGAGAAAAACAAUCUGUCAUUCAUAGAAACUUCAGCCUUGGACUCAACAAACGUUGAAGAAGCCUUCAAGAAUAUCCUCACAGAAAUCUACCGCAUCGUCUCUCAGAAACAGAUUGCUGAGCGGUCUGCCCAUGACGAGUCCCCGGGAAACAACGUGGUGGACAUCAGCGUGCCCCCCACCACGGACGGCCUGAGGGGGGGCAAACUGCAGUGCUGUCAGAACCUGUAACCCAUGGCAACAGUCCCCUCUCACCUGGGUCGAUUAUUCAUUGAAAUCCACAGUGUUGGUAUGCUUCCAUCUGCCUGCGGUGCAAUAUUGUCUCAAUCUGCACUUUGUUUUUUAGAUCAGUGGAGUCAGUUCCUUUAUGCCACAAACGAUCAAACCCAGAAAGAAGUGUUUGAUUUGAUUUCAAAUAGUAAUGUGACCCGGGGACAAUCUGCCACCUCCCCCCCCGUGCAAAAACAGGACUGAUGGUACAGCAUAUCAGAAUACCUUUAUGUACCUGCCACAGUAACCCGUGAUAGUGUAGCAGAACAGCUUUGGCCUAAACAUCUCCCUGGUAGUUACUGCCACAUGUUGGACGCCUGGCUGUGAAUCCUGCCUGUCCCAGUCGUACCAGUAGUCCUGUUUUUGGGCCUCCCUCCUCCUCCAGUCAUCAUCUCAAAUGUCGUUGUUACGCUGCUGAUGCUCAUUUCAUUUUGUGUAAAAUAUAUCCUUUUUUUGUUUUGAUUUUGAUAGCUUGUCUGCUCACAUACAUUAUAUUAAUGCCAUGAAAUUAAAUUUUACAAUAUUA